AUCGCGUCGUUAGCCGUCUUUGUGUGCCAGAGUACAUUUUGAUUUCUUUGUGGAACUGGUGAAUACCGGGGCUUGCCGUGAAACCGUUUGCAUGUAUGGAAAUUGGAGGGGAACAAACGCACGGAUGGAGCAUAAUACUUUCCGCCUGAGCACGCCGGCUAAUGGAGCGCUUUUAUUGGACAGGCCUGCUAACGCUGAAAAAAAAGGGGCGUGAACUUCGCUGCUAGCUUUUCGCUCUUGUGUGAUCAUCUGGGGGAUCUGGUUCAUUCUUGGCGGUGCCCAGCAGCAGCGUUUCUUUUUUUGAUAGUCUGUGGACAAUAUUUCAAGCUGACACGGAUUAAUUCGUCUUGCGUGCAGUUGUAGCUGUCGGGCUGAUGGACAAAACGUGAAGUGAGACGGUGACCCGGCCUCUCUCUUUCUGAAAAUGGCAUUGUGGUUAACUUAGCUAGUUAGCUUAUCUGGCUAGGUAGCUGGACUCUUGUUGUCGCUGAGCCAACUGGCUUCCAUUAGCUAGCUGUGCGGUGUUAGCUACAGGGUAUGCUGAUGAGCAUCACUACAUGUAGCUCUGCUAUUUUAAUGUCGUUUGUAGUAGACUGAAAGACGAGCGUUCAGUUGGUGGACAGAGCGACCAUUUGGCUAGUUUAACUACGGCUAGCUCAUUUAAGGCGCUAACAUGCAGCGGUAGUUUGGAUCCACUCGUCACAAACUGCUGCCUUGCACCAGCAGACCAACUGUUAGUAGGCAUUGUGCGGUGUGUAUAGCCAUGGCUCUCUAACAAUCCAUCAGGAAAGUUGGUGACCGGUUACAGACAGGGUUGAUGAGGGGCAGCUUCGGUGAACACACGGCUGCUUUGUGGACUGGACGCCGUUAUGGUACAUAUACAGCGUUAGUUUGCUUCAGCACCGGAGUCACCCUGGGCACGGGGCCUUGCAGAUUGCCGAGAGUUACCUACACUGUGUUGGCUUGUCUUAGGUGAGCUCAACUGCCUGUUUACUCAUAUUGCUUCAAGAACAUGUAAAGUUUGCACAGGUUGAAGAUCAGUAAUGUAACUUUACUGAGUCGGUUCGCCAUUUUAAGUUGCUGAAUCGGUGAGGGGUGGUGGUGAAGCGUUGUUUAGCGAAAUGAACAGCUCAGGAGUCAUGCCACAAGAAAAGAUGGAACUGGAUCUGGAAAUCCCAGCUUCCAUACUUCCAAGUGAUGGACACCUGAGAAGAUCCAACAGUGCACCCAUGAUAAAUGGGUUAAGUGAUAACUCCCAGGUGUUCCAGAAGGAGGUCCUACGGUGCCGGAGAAAUAGCACUACAGUUGUGAACAGGCCCAACAUGGUUCCUUCAUCGCCCAUUCGGGUCCCGAGUACCAGACUUCAUCAAAUUAAACAAGAAGAGGGCAUAGAUGUGAUGAACAGAGAAACUGCACAUGAACGGGAAGUUCAAGCUGCUAUGCAGAUGAGCCAUUCUUGGGAGGAAAGCCUUAGUCUGAGUGACAAUGAUUUGGAAAAGCCUGUAUCUUCAUCUCCAAAGCGAAUCGACUUUGUGCCUGUGUCUCCAGCCCCGUCCCCAACAAGAGGAAUAGGAAAAAAGCAGUGUUUCUCUCCUUCACUGCAAAUUCUGGUGAGCAGCAAUGGUCUCACUCCCAGCCCAAUACCCAGCCCAACACGGCGAUUUGGUCGACGGAGUCAAAGUCCGAUCAACUGCAUCAGAGCCAGCAUACUCGGUCCAAUAAAACGCAAAGGUGAGAUGGAAACGGAGAGUCAACCCAAGAGGCUCUUCCAGGGCACCACCACCAUGCUGUCCUCGGAUGUCUCCAACCUGUCAGAUCUCAGCUCCUGUCACUCUCCAGAUUUACUGGAUGGAAGCCUCAGCAGCGUGGGCUCCUCCACCGACUCGCCAGGCAAAAUGGAGGGAGUGUCUCCUUCCUCGUCCAGCAACUCACCCUUUGCUUCUCUCCAGGAUUUGUCUCCCAAAUGAGCAUGGGAUAUCUAAGACUAUGGGGGGGAGAAAAAAAGAGUGGAAAAGACUUCUCUCCAGGGAACUGGUUUCCUUUUCAGACCCUUCACAUCGCCAACUACAUUUCCUUCAAGUGGAGUUUUCCCCCACACUUUCUUCUGACUGGCUGUUUUUAUGGCUACCUUUUAUGGAGGGUCUCGAUUUUAAGGAGACUACAGCCAUGGAUGUAUUUGUGUAAGAGGUAAUCCUAGUAAAACUAGGACUGAGGGAAGUCGCUGCGCGCACCAGCUGCUAAUUGAUCUUGGAUGGUGCCAGCCUUCGUAGGGAUACUAAUAAGUGGCUGUUGUAUUAAUCUGUCCUGCCAGUUCCCCUCACCAGAGAGAGAGACAUUGAGCACUGGACAUAUAAAGACUACUUGGAUGUGUGCAUUUCCCUGUUUUUGUGCUGGAAAAUGUCUGGCCCACUGGCCUUAGUGUGCGCACAGUCUGCAGAUUUUGUAAGAAAAGAUUUAACUUAUUGUUUUCCUGCUGCCUGAGCAGAAAUUCUAAAUAUUUUUAUGGUAUAGGCUGUGAACUGUGGUGUUUGCAUUUUUUUUCUUCCCUCCCCUUCAGCUCCAAAUAAUGAUUUGCUGCUACUUUAAUUGGUAAUUCUGAGCAAGUGGUAAAUCAUGAUCAUUCCUGGUAGUCUCAACACUAAAAGUUCCUGUGUUCUUACCAGGAUGAUUUUUGUAGAUAAAAGUACCGUAUGAAAAUCUGACUUCUUUUUUCCCCUUGUUCCUUCUGGCAAAGUGUUCUUAUUUAUGGACAACACAUUUGUUAUAAAAUUGGAUUCAUUCUAUCUGCAGUAAGCCAUCUGUGCUGUCAUUUACACCAAAUCAAGUGACUGCUGGAACACGAGGCAAAAAAACAGCACCAUCACAUUGUGAGUAAAGAGACUGCAAGAGACUGCUCUUUCUGCUGUGGUUACACUUUUUUUUUUUUCUUUCUUUUUUUUUUUCAACACAUAUUGCACAGGAUGCUUGGUCCUGUAGUGUUUCAGCCUGUGUGAGUCUUAAGCAGGAAACAACUAAAUUUGAAGAAGAAAAAAGUCUGACUACAAUAUGUGGAGGUUAAAGCCUGCACUGUGAUAUUUGCAUCUAAAUUUGGUUUCAUUUGUCCUGACCCCAGUGUUCAUAUCCAUCCGUAUAACUCGAUACUUCCGAACCCCUCUGUGGCUCUGUAACCUUAAAUGUUUAUGUACAAAAAGGAAGUGAUUGUAAAUCAUUUUAUGGAAGUGUGCCCUUUUAAUUUAAACAAGUGUGGUUGCAGUUCACUUACUGAUAUAUUUUUUUUUUUUUUUUUUUUUUUUUUUUUUUUUUUUUUAAAUACAAAUAGGAAAAUGUUGGGGGUUUCUGCUUUGUUUUUGUUCCCUUCACGAUGCGUUUUUUUUCUUCUGCUCAUUUUAUGAAGUGUUCAGGGCAUGAACUUAGCAAAUGAUAUGCUAUACUGUAUGUCUGUAAUAGAGGCUGUAAUCUGCUCGUCUUUUGUGACUGCUAUUGUAGCGGACAUCAGGAGUAAAUAAAUUAUUUCAUUAUG